ACAUUUAUGAAUGUGUAGGUGCGCUGAAGUUUUUAGAAAAAGUUGAAUUAGAUAAUUUUGAUUAUUUAUCAUUUACGUGAAGAAUUAGAAUGGAUGGACAUGUAUCUGAGAGCUCAACAGCGAGAGAAAAGCCUGGUGAAACAGAGGAGAGACUGAGGAAAAAGACAAAACAGCCAAGAGAACGAAAUUACGGGGCAACCGAACCCGCUUUAGUUACUACAAGCCAACCAGAAGCUCCUCAACCACCAAGAAGAGAGAGGAACAACACAGAAUCUAUUGAUGAGGAAGAAGAAAAAGAAAUUCUUAAAUAUGGUGCAAAACAUGUCAUCAAAUUAUUUGUUCCUGUCACACUCUGUAUGCUCGUUGUCGUAAUGACGAUAAAUUCAGUGAGUUUCUAUACAGUUAAGGAUGUUUACUUGAUCUACACACCAUUCCAUGAGACUUCUAGUGAUACAAGCGACAAAAUAUGGAAUGCCAUUGGGAACAGUAUGAUUCUUUUGGUUGUGAUUAUUGUCAUGACGUUUCUCUUAAUAUUUUUGUACAAGAAACGUUGUUAUAAUAUCAUACAUGGUUGGCUUAUUCUGUCAUCGUCAAUGCUUCUCUUCCUGUUUUCGUAUCUUUAUAUGGAAGAAGUGUUACGAGCUUACAACAUUCCAAUGGAUUAUCCAACAGCAUUAUUCAUAAUGUGGAACUUUGGUGUUGUUGGAAUGAUGGCAAUUCACUGGAAAGCUCCCCUUAGACUACAGCAAGCUUAUCUUAUAUUUGUAUCAGCUUUAAUGGCUUUAGUUUUUGUUAAAUAUCUGCCAGAAUUUACAACGUGGAUGAUCCUUGCCGUGAUCUCAAUUUGGGAUUUAGUUGCGGUUCUUUCACCGAAAGGUCCUCUAAGAAUUCUUGUGGAGACUGCACAAGAACGAAACGAACAAAUUUUCCCAGCUUUAAUUUAUUCUUCAACGAUUCUUUAUUCGAUGGGAAUGGCAACUGAUGAAAAUCCAAGACGAUCAGUUGAUAAUGUAGAUGAAUCAGCAGGUUUUAGUAAUGAUUGGUCGAAUCAAAGUCGACAAAGAACACAACAAAGACAAAUUGAAGUGCAAGCAAACGAUCAAAAUCGUCCAACGCAAUAUAGAACCGUGACAAGAUCAUCAGAUGGUCUCACCGAUGCUCAAAGACAACAACAACAGAUUGAAGAAGAAGAACGAGGAAUCAAGUUAGGUCUUGGUGACUUCAUCUUCUAUUCAGUUCUUGUUGGGAAAGCAAGUUCUUAUGGGGAUUGGAAUACAACAAUCGCAUGUUUUGUUGCUAUUCUCAUUGGCUUGUGUCUGACACUUCUUCUGUUAGCUGUAACAAGAAAAGCUCUCCCAGCAUUGCCAAUCUCAAUCACAUUUGGAUUAUUCUUCUGCUUUACAACAUCAAUCAUUGUGAAACCUUUCACUGAGACACUUGCAGCUGAGCAAGGGAAAAUAAUAAAAAACGUCAUGUUAAAAUAUAUUUUAAAUUUUAUUUUUUANCCGGAAGAAGAUGAUAUAAUUUAUGAAAGGGAAAUGGAAAAAGAAAACAGUGGUGACACUGAGGAAGAGACAAUGUCAACUGUCGAGAAAGCCCUUAGAGAUUUUAAAAUCAAUUUAAAGGUAAAAAAACUUAAAAAGACAUUAAAAUUUAAGAAUCAGCAGGUUUUAGUAAUGACUGGUCAAAUCAAAGUCGACAAAGAACACAACAAAGACAAAUUGAAAUCAUCAGAUGGUCUCACCGAUGCUCAAAGACAACAACAACAGAUUGAAGAAGAAGAACGAGGAAUCAAGUUAGGUCUUGGUGACUUCAUCUUCUAUUCAGUUCUUGUUGGGAAAGCAAGUUCUUAUGGGGAUUGGAAUACAACAAUCGCAUGUUUUGUUGCUAUUCUCAUUGGCUUGUGUCUGACACUUCUUCUGUUAGCUGUAACAAGAAAAGCUCUCCCAGCAUUGCCAAUCUCAAUCACAUUUGGAUUAUUCUUCUGCUUUACAACAUCAAUCAUUGUGAAACCUUUCACUGAGACACUUGCAGCUGAGCAAGUUUUCAUUUAAUCAAUAAAUUCUAUAACUCUAUUUGCCUAUUUGUCAUUUAAAGUAACUUCACUUUAUUGUUCGAUUAUUCGAUCAUCUGCUUGAUUAAUUAUAUAUAACAUUUUGUAGAAAAUAAAAGUAAACUUUCUCUAUUAACGACAUCUACAUAAAAACA